GGAGCGGCCCCGCAGCCUCCCGCCCCCGUCCCAUCCCUCCCCCUGCAUCUCGCUUUAAACCGCAGCUGCUGGAGCCGAACCGCCUGGGCGAGAGCCGCGCUUCCUCCCGCACCCCUCGGCAUCCUGGCUGGAGUUUUUCGUUGGGCUUUGGUCGUGCCUGUCUCCGUGGCGCUGCUGUGAGUGAUUAAGGCAUUAGCACGCUCCACCCCGCAGUGGCUGCAUUAAGCUGUGUGCAGAGCCGUUCCCAUGCCCGAGAGCAUGGCGCUCGUUGAUGGAAUUACUGGAGAUGUGAGGCCAAGCUGUGAUAAGUUACGUUGGAGAGAGACUGCAAUGCCAGCAUCCCAGCCGCGGUCCAGGGCAAGAGACAGGAACAAUGUCCUCAACAGGGCUGAGUUCCUCUCCCUGAAUCAGCCCUUGAAGGGGAACCAGGAGAGCAGGAGCUCCGGCAGAAAGCAGAGCGGCCAGGCUGGGGCAGCUGGUGCCCAGAGCAGCAACCCCAAGGAGCGGAGGCAGUCGCAGCAGCUGCCCGAAGAGGACUGCAUGCAGCUCAACCCUUCCUUCAAAGGGAUCGCCUUCAAUUCCUUGCUGGCCAUCGAUAUCUGCAUGUCCAAGAGGCUGGGAGUGUGCGCCAACAGAGCCUCCUCCUGGGGUAGCGCCCGCUCCAUGAUUAACCUCUUGGGGAUAACGGGGCACGGGAUCCCCUGGAUUGCGGGCACCCUCAUCUGCCUGGUGAAGAGCAGCACGCUGGCAGGCCAAGAGGUCCUCAUGAAUCUUCUUCUAGCCUUGCUCCUGGACAUCAUGAGCGUGGCUGGUUUGCAGAAGCUGGCCAAGCGGAAGGGCCCAUAUGAUGUCAACCCUGGCUUGUUGGACUACCUGACCAUGGACACCUACGCGUUUCCAGCUGGGCAUGCCAGCCGAGCAGCCAUGCUCUCCAAGUUCUUCCUCAACCACCUGGUCUUGGCCAUCCCUCUCCGGAUCCUGCUGGUCCUCUGGGCCUUCUGCGUAGGCUUUUCUCGCGUCAUGAUCGGACGGCACCACAUCACAGAUGUUCUGUCCGGCUUUGUUUUUGGCUAUUUACAGUUCAGGCUGGUGGAGUUGAUAUGGAUGUCUUCCAACACGUGUCAGAUGUUGAUAUCCAUCUGGUGAACAUGGGGGACUUGUCGCCUUUCCACUGGAAACUAGCAGAUACUUUGUCUCUGUCCCAGUAUUUUCUACGUGUUGUUUGUUGGAAGCAGUUGUAACUUCCAUGAGUAGUGGCGUUUUUAAAUGUUGCUUCCCCACCUGAAAAACAAGUUUCUUGCAAUGGAUUUGGUUUUAGCACUCAAGAGCCAUACCUCUGUUUUGGCCAUAUUCUCAACUGUAUUUGGACAGCAACCUAAUUAAGCUUUACGGGUGAGAGAAAUAAACCUGCCUAGUUUGGGUGGUUCACGUCGGCACCUUACUAUGUCCUCAGGAUGGGCAGCGCCUGAGAGCUUCCUGAGAACACAUUCGUUAACUUUUUGGAGGCUAAAUGAUUUUGGCCACAAGAGCUUUUUCUUUUUGUAAGCCUGGCAGUUGCGUCUUGUACAGAGUCAGGACACUGCCGGCACUUCAAAGAUAAUAAAUAA